AUGAUGCGGAGAAUUAGUUUUGGAGCUAAAUGGUUGGAUAGGAUGGAAGGGCUAAUCAUUAGUAGUUCCACGUCAAUUUUUGUGAAAGGUAGUCCCACAAAAGACUUUAGGGCUUCUAGUGGCUUACGCCAGGGAGACCGUCUGUCACCUUUCCUCUUUCUUUUAGUGGCUAAAGGGUUGGCGGGAAAGAUAGCAAAAGCGAAGUCUAAAGGAGAGUAUCAGGAGUUUUCUGUGUAUAACAAUACUCAGUUUGAUCUCUUACAAUUUGUCAAUGAUACAAUUUUAAUUGGUGAUGGAUCUUGGAAAAACCUUUGGCGUAUCAAAGCGCUUUUUAGAGGCUUUGAAUUAGUGAGGGGCUUGUGA